CUGGUAUACUAGUGCCAUAGAGCUGUAAUUAUCCUCUAGGAGUCCGUGGAGAAUAAUGUGUUCGCUCUUCAUCCAUCGUGCACCCUUCCUGUCGAUUAAGAUGUAGCCAUUUUAUCAUUUCCAUCGCAUUCCUUGCAGCGAUGUCCAUCGCCCGUUUAACAAGCGUUGCCUCGAAACGACAGAAAUACUCGGAACGCCGUUUUCCAGAGGCGUCUGGUAGAGCUAUUUCACUUGAAGAGGUCCUUCUUGUUCACGACAGCAAUUAUGGAUGAAGAAGAGCAGCUUGCGUUCUUCUUGGAAUGGGAUGACCCGCAGUCGGGUCUGAAGAAGGGCUACAUCAUGCACUACCACGGAGACAACACCGUCGAACUCGUGGAACGAAAGACGAGAAAGGUCUUCUUAAAGCGUAUCCCGAUCCCCACAGUCACUUUUGACGAUCUCUACGUUGGGAGCUCUAUCACCGUGUAUUCUCGACAGCUCACGAUCAUAGAGCCUGCCAACGAAUUCACACGGAAGAUACUUCAGCAGCGAGAAGACAAAGCCGUUUUUGUCAUUACACCAAACGGGUAUUCUCAAAUGGGACGUAUUAUCCAGCUCAUCGAACAGAGCGGUUUAUCUGUGCGCGAUAUCCGAAUGGUGUAUCUACAAACGUCUCAUUUAGUAAUGCUCCAAACAUUGGAGGCGAUCACCGACAAUAACCAACACGGAUCACUGCUUAGCGAUGUGUCCGUGCUGGUGGAAGUCCGACUUCCAAAAUCGACGGCGAUCGACGAUGCAAAAAUGAAACUGGAGUCUAUAGACACUGUGCUGACCAUCAGAACUGGGCUGGAAGCCUUCAGCGGGAGGGAUGUCUUUCCUACGACAGCUGUGCUAGAUAACUGCACUCUGUGUCUCAUUCGUCCACGAAUUGUCCGUGAAGCUUGUGUGGGCGAGAUACUUGAUGUUAUCGUUACAGCAGGCUUCGAAGUAUCAGCUUUAAAGCUCGUGCACUUCCAGAUGAACGAAGCCGAUGAACUUUUUCAGAUUUACAAGGGUGUUGUUCGUCAGUAUCAUGAGAUGCUCAAGUACAUGUGCUCGUCGCCAUGUCUAGCGCUCGAAGUUCGUGGUGAAGACGUGGUGCGUCGAUUUCGCGAGUUUUGCGGUCCAUUUGACGUUCAAGUCGCGAAAGCUUUACGACCUGACAGUCUUCGCGCCAAGUUUGGCCGCUCCACAAUUUACAACGCACUCCACUGCACCGACUGCCCAGAGGACGGAGUUCUCGAAUGCCAAUUCGUCUUUAGAUCGCUUUCAUCGUAA